AUGUCGUCCGCCAGCGAAGACGACAACGACGACGAAUCGUUCCGUGUUCUGUCCACCGACGAAGAAAUCGCUGCGUUUGUCGAGUCGGAUGUGCCGUCCCGUAUGGACUUCGUUCAAGUCUUGCUGGACAAGAUCAGCGCGCCCGCGUCGCGCAGCAUCCGCCAAUCUGCCAUCAACGACCUGCCCUUCGUCACGGACAAGUCGGCGAACCAGCGCCAGGGCGGUCUCCUGUCUCUCAUCGGUUUCAGCAAGUGGAUGCGAUUUCGUCCGCCAUUCGAGCGGAUCCUCGUCUCGCUCUUUGUGCCCAUCAUGGAGCGCCACGCCGACAAGGAACCUCAAGUCCGCGGCGUCGCGGACUUGAGGUUCCUUGUCGGCGUGGCGCUAUCGUCGUCUCGUUCAACGUCCAUUAUGUCGUCCGCCAGCGAAGACGACAACGACGACGAAUCGUUCCGUGUUCUGUCCACCGACGAAGAAAUCGCUGCAUUUGUCGAGUCAGAUGUGCCGUCCCGUAUGGACUUCGUUCAAGUCUUGCUGGACAAGAUCAGCGCGCCCGCGUCGCGCAGCAUCCGCCAAUCUGCCAUCAACGACCUGCCGUGGAACUGA